ACAAGUUUCUCUGCUCCUCCUCAUUGGAGGGACACAUCUCUUCCACAAGCUUCUCUGCUCCCCAUCUCCUUCCUCUGAGGUGGAGUCGGAGCACCAGAAUCGCACAAUCAGGAGCAGGCCGAACAUUCAGUUUCAACUUGUCUUAUGCUAGCAGAAGCAGAGCUCAAAAAAGAUCUUUUGUUGCUCCUAUUUUCAUUCUCUUCCUGUGAUCAGGUCACCUGGAGGAACAUACAUGCCAAGAUUGCUUUAUUUUCCUGCAAUAAUAGAAGAGAGACAGUAUGCACUUUCUUGUGACUUUGUCUGAUACCACAUAAUCUUUCAUGUGUUCAAGACUCUUAACUAUCGGACAUAUUUCCACAACUCCUUUUUGAUGCAGUCAUAUAAUAUAAUACGCCUUCCAUAUAGAGCGUGGUACACAUUAGUCUACUUCGUCUUAUGUUAGCAGUAACUAUUGUUCAGACAAGUGCCAACAAUGCCAAUUGACCCGCCGGCACUCGGUCCUUUGCUCGGAAAUACUGUGAGCACGGUCAUAAGUCCAUUCUAUACACUCUUUUCCAUAAAUGCCACAUACUGCUUCACCGCUCGCACAAACCUGACGAAUCACAGGACUGAAACUGAAACUUUGGAAGGCAACCUGCUUCGUGUGGAACAGAGGAUUGCAGAUGGCGAAAGGAAUGGUUUGAUACCAACGGCUGAAGCGGAAAGGUGGGUGCAAAGGGUGAAUCAAGCCAUAUCUGAAGAAGCGGCAAACCGCGAGUCUUUUGGUAACAUGCGUAGAAUUUUUGGGUGCUCCCUGAAUUGCUGGGGAAACUACAAGACCAGCAAGCAGGCGGCUGAGAAGGUGGAUGUUGUGAGGAAAUGUAUCAUUAGCACCCCUCUACCCGAAAACAUCACACGCGUACAACCUCCACCUCCUGUUCAAGAGAUGCCUGGUCCAUCUAUGUCAGCUGAGAGCCGUAACCUUCAGUAUGCUCUCCAGUACAUUAAGGAUGAUCCCACAGUGGGAAUGAUUGGAAUAUGGGGUCCAGGUGGAGUGGGGAAAACACAUCUUCUUAUAAAUAUAAAUAACUCACUUGGAGAGGGCAUGACCUUUAAUUUUGUUCUAUUUGUAACUGCCUCCAGAGGGUGCUCAGUGGAAAAGGUCCAAUCACAAAUCAUAGAAAGGCUUGGACUGCGAGUUACUGGUUCAGAAUCUAAAAUUCGUGCAACCAUUUAUGAGUACCUGAAGACAAAAAGCUUUCUUGUAUUAUUGGAUGACCUAUGGGAUAAAAUUAAUCUAGAAGAUGUUGGCAUACCACAUCCCCUUGGAAAUGUAGAAAACCUCAAGAGAAAAGUGGUGCUAACAACAAGAUUAAGAAAAGUUUGUGGCCAAAUGGAGGUGAGGAAAGAGUUAAAAGUCCCGUAUCUGCAGGAGCAUGAGGCAUGGCAGUUAUUUGAAAAAAAAAUUGGUGCCGAAACUCUUUCUAGUCCCUAUAUAGAAGCUCUUGCUAGAGUACUUAUGAAGGAACUGAAAGGCUUGCCAUUAGCUUUGACAACUAUUGGAAAGGCAAUGUAUCAAAAAGAUACGGCUCAAUGGGAAACUGCUAUCCAAUACAUGCAACAAUCAUGCUGCACUGACGACAAAGACCCAAUAGAACUGGGUAUGGAAACUAAUGUUUUUAGGCAGCUGAAGUUUAGUUAUGACAAUUUAAGAAACAAGACCUUGAGAGAUUGUUUUUUGACUUGCGCACUGUGGCAAGAGGAUGCCAGGAUUCCCAAAGUUGACCUUGCUCAAUGCUGGAUGGGCUUAGGUCUAGUCAAUGAGAAGUACAUAGAAUCUUCCUUCACAAAAUCAUAUAGUUUGAUAGCUGAGCUGACAGCCGUUUGUUUGCUAGAGGACAUAGAAGAUUCGUAUGGUUUUGUUAAAGUACAUGAUGUGAUUCGUGAUAUGGCUGUAUGGAUCUCUUGUGACUGCGGUGAGAACAAUGACAAAUGGAUUGUCCGUGCACCAGCUGGCGAAGACAAAAAAGUUAUCAUCCCUUGGAACAAAGCUGAGUACAUAUCGUUGAUGUCUAACAGACUGACUGAACUUGACCAUGUCGGGUUUAAUCCUGACCCCAUCAAACUGAGGAUAUUGUGCCUUCGAGGCAACAGAUUGAAUGAAAAAGUAGUUGCUGAAGCAAUUAAGAAUUGCACUUCACUUACAUAUUUGGAUCUCAGCAGUAACAGUCUCAGGAGCAUACCGGAAGAAUUGUGUUCCUUUGAAAAACUGGAGUACCUUAAUUUGUCAGAAAAUGAACUUCAAGUAACGGAAUUGCCUCUCUACAUUGGAAAACUUGUCAACCUGAAGUUCUUGUACCUAACGAAUACUAGCAUACGCACAAUUCCAAGUGAGGUCAUAUCUAGCCUUAAAGCAUUGCAAGUAAUAGACCUGAGGACUGUCUGGGAACUUUAUGGGAUCACUGUGCGGGAACCUUAUCUGAAAGGUCGUGCGUAUAACCUUGGAGUACUGUUCCGAGAGUUUGACUCGCUACCUCAGUUGAAAGCGCUUGGUAUUACUGCGAUAGGUUUUGAUGAGUUUGAUUCACUAAGGGUAGCGGCUAACCUCCCCCUUAGAUAUUUGACCCUCAUUAAACUCGACAAACUCUGUCUCUCUGAUUUUCUAUUAAACUACUUUGCACGAAGUACCUUGUAUGAUCUGGUAAUCACAUCAUGUGAUAAUCUGGAACAAAUAAUAGUAAGACAUGACACACGACAACCAAACAACCAUUUCGGUUCUCUCAACCAGCUCUCCAUUUUCCUUGUGCCAAAACUGAAAGAGAUAGCGUGGAUGGGACCAACUCCAGCAUCUAUACUGCCAAGGCUCACUUAUUUGGAAGUGUGUUCUUGCGACAGUCUAUUGCACCUCUCUUGGGUAAUGUAUUUGCCUCGCCUUGAACAAAUCCAUAUACUGCAGUGUGAUAGUAUGGUGCAAGCAUUUAUGAGGUGCCAUGGUGACAAAUUGUGCAAUGUACAAGAGAAGAAAAUAACAUUUCCUUGCCUUAAGUUUCUCUAUCUUCAGGGAAAUCAUUCUUUGCAUACUAUUGGGGAUGACGGUAUGGAAUUCCCAUCCCUGGAGAAACUUGUGCUUAUGCAAUGUCCAACUGUAAAGAGGCUUCCUUUCCAGUUGAACAGUAUGCCAGUAAGGCUGAAGGAACUAGGGUUCUAUGAUGUUGAAGAGUGGGAGAGAUUGGAAUUCGAAGAAGGUGUCAAAACUUUCCUGCGACCUGCUCUUAAAUUUGGCACUUACCGUUUUUAGUUAACACAUUACAUGCUAUAGUAGAUCUUGCUUUCUCCUGGACACAUGGUGUACUCAUGGUCUCAUGUUAGACGACACAAGUAUCAAACCUUGUACAAAAUAUAUUUGAGGUCCUCAAUAUUGUUUGUAUCCAGCA